CCGGGGGUGGGGCGGUGGACGCUCCCCCUUCCCCUAGCUCCAACCGGCGCAGGCAGCAGCAGUGGUGGCAGCAGGCGCGGAUCUGCGGCCCCGAGAGGCCAUGAAGGUGAAGAAGGGCGGCGGCGGCGGGACUGGGCCGGGGGCGGAGCCCGUUCCAGGGGCCUCUCACCGGAGCGUGGAAUCCACUCGGGAGCCCGGGGCGGAAUCCGAGUCUGGGUCCGAGUCAGAGCCGGAGCCAGGCCCGGGGCCCAGAGUGGGACCGCUGCAGGGCAAGCAGCCCAUCGGGCCGGACGACGUGCUGGGGCUGCAGCGGAUCACGGGCGAUUACCUGUGCUCCCCUGAGGAAAAUAUCUACAAGAUUGAUUUCGUCAGGUUCAAGAUCCGGGACAUGGACUCAGGAACUGUCCUCUUUGAAAUCAAGAAGCCCCCUAUUUCCGAACGGUUGCCCAUCAACCGGCGGGACCUGGACCCCAAUGCAGGGCGCUUUGUUCGCUACCAGUUCACACCCGCCUUCCUCCGCCUAAGGCAGGUGGGAGCCACGGUUGAGUUCACGGUGGGAGAUAAGCCGGUGAACAACUUCCGCAUGAUCGAGAGGCACUACUUCCGGAACCAGCUCCUCAAAAGCUUUGACUUCCACUUUGGCUUCUGCAUCCCCAGCAGCAAGAACACCUGUGAGCACAUCUACGACUUCCCGCCUCUCUCUGAGGAACUAAUCAGCGAGAUGAUUCGUCACCCAUAUGAGACGCAGUCUGACAGCUUUUACUUUGUGGAUGACCGGCUGGUGAUGCACAAUAAGGCAGACUAUUCCUACAGCGGGACGCCCUGACCGCCCCCUCCACUGCCCCUGCCUAUGAGGCUCUGGUCUGGACCCUGUGCUGUGACCUCUCCAACAUCAUCUCCGCUCUGGGAUGGCUCCAGUGGCUCUGGACCCUGAGUCAGUGUUGUGAGGAAGGGUGAUCAUCACCCCUAGGCAAGCCUCUGAAGCUCCUGGGGCCUGAAACACAGGAGGGGCCGUUGGGGAGGCUAUCUGCCCCCAUGUUCAGGAAGGCCUCCUGCAGGAAGAGGACUUCUGGACACCUUACUAGGUCCACUGGGCCCGAGUUUCAGAAUAGUGUUCCCCUCUUGAGGCUGUGACUAGAUCAGGUUAGGGAUCCGUUCCCUAUUUCUAGUUGUCAGUUCAUAGACAAAGAUCCACAGUGGGUACCCUGGUCUUAGCCCUGGCCUCAGCCCUGGCCUCCUCCAACAGGGGCCAAGACACUGCCCGAGGCGCGAGAAGGAUAUGUCCAGAUUGCAACCUGUAGGACCUGGACAAACUGUAUAUAGUUUUUAAUAAACCUCCUUUUCUGUUC